GAUGUUUCUAGGGUUUUUUUUCCCGGCGGAUAUUGGAAUUGGACAAGCUGAAUUUGUUUGGAGCAGUAUGAGCAUAAACAACCCUGGCGAAGAAGAAAAUUAUUAGGGUUUGGUUCUGGCGACUGUGGUGCGGUUUUGGCGGUGGGGAAGAGCUUUGAGCUUUCCAUGGGCGAUGGAGGCGUUGCAUGUGUGCCUGUACAGCAUAUUAUGGAGCGUUUUUCAGUUUGUGGACCCAAGACUAACAACAGCACGUUCAGUACUUCUUCUUUAAAUUCUACUACAGCAACUGUGAAGAAGAAGAAAAAAAAGAUGAAUGGUAAGAUGAAAGCAAAGCGGGAGAAAAAAGUAGUGAACUUGAGUUCUAAGAGUGUUGUUAAAGAAAUUGAGUCUAAUGGUGACGCUGGAAAAGAUGAAGUUGAGGAGGGUGAAUUGGGUACUUUACCUGUGGACAACGGACAACUUGUUCCGGAGAAAUCAUUUUCGCGAAAAUUCGAAAUAAAGAGUGAAAUUGAGAAGGGGGAGAUUACACCUGAUGUUAAAAGGGGGGAGUUUCUCAAAGGAAGGUGGCGCAAAGGGGAAUGGGAAAAGGCUAACUAUAUUUCUGAUAAGUCUGACAGAAAAGGGGAGUUUGAUAAGAAUGAACCUGGUUAUGAACCAGGUGAAUUUGUACCUGAUAGGUGGCGGAAAGGUGAGGGCUCAGCAAGGGAUGAUUUUAACUAUAGCAGAACACGCAGGUAUGAUUUUGGUAAAGACAAGGGUUGGAAAGGGGACCUAGACUGGACGCCACCUUCGGUCAAGGACAAAGGAUGGAGAAAUGAUCGUGAAUGGACGCCACCUUCGGUCAAGGACAAAGGAUGGAGAAAUGAUCGUGAAUGGACGCCACCUUUGGCCAAGGACAAAGGGUGGAGAAAUGAUCUUGAAUGGACACCACCUUCGGCCAAGGACAGAGGAUGGAGAAAUGACCGUGAAUGGACGCCACCUUCGGCCAAGGACAAAGGAUGGAGAAAUGACCAUGAAUGGACACCACCUUCCUCAGGUAAGCAUUCUGGGGAGAAAGAUGGUGGUAGAAGUGGUGGAAUUCAGCAUAUGAAGAGGUUAUCUAGAUAUGAACCUAGCAUUCCAGAAAGGAACCCAAGGAUUAGUUCCAAGAUUGUUGGAGAAGAAGGUCCUUCCAAGAGCGAACUGAGAAAUGGCAAUAAUCCUGCAAGAGAAUACUUCUCAGGUAAUAGGUUAAAACGGCAUGGUACUGAUUCAGAUAAAAAUGACCGUAAGUUCCGGGGUGAGUAUGAUGACUUCUCAAGUUCAAAAAGCAGGAAACUUUCUGAUGAUGGAAGUCGAGCUGUAUACACAGCAGAUCACAGUUUGCGGCGUUCUACUGAGAAGUUGCACAAGAAUGCUCCUUCUAAUAGGAACAUUCCACCUGACAGGUAUUCUUCCAGGCAUUAUGAGACAUCUAAAGUUCCUUAUGACAGACUUAAUAGCAGUCCUCGUCAUUUGGAGAGGUCCCCACGUGACCGGGCCCGCCAUCUUGAUAACUGGGAUCGAAGCCCAGCCCGCCGUGAGAAGUCUCCCUAUGAUCGAGGCCGUAACUUUGAUCACAGUAGGUCUCCUUAUGACCGGAGUCGUCAUUAUGAUCAUAGAAGCCGGAGCCCAAGUUAUUCAGAGUGGUCCCCACAAGAUCAAGGCCGCCACCAUCAUAGGAGGGACAGGACACCAAACUUCAUGGAGCCGUCCCCACGUGAUCGGAGUAGGACUACUUAUCAUCGAGACACAGGUCGGAAAAGUGGACCAAGUGAUAAAAAGGAAAGUCAUUUUGAAGGCAAAAAGCAUGAAGGAAAGUUCAGUAGCCAAAAGGAUGUCAGUAUGAAAGAUCAAUUUGCUAAGGAUUCUGAGGUUAGAAGCUGUCCUGAAAAUAGUAACUGCUCAAUUGUUAAAAGUGGCAACCAUCCAGUAAACAAUGAUGGUUUGCCUCAAUGUCCUGCAGUGAAUGCCUUGGAGCCUUCAGAGGAAAGUGGAGCUGUUGAGGAGGCGGCAUCUAUGGAAGAAGACAUGGAUAUAUGCAAUACCCCACCACAUGUUACAACUGUAGCAGAAGGAACCAUUGGAAAGUGGUAUUACGUCGAUCAGUUUGGUGUGGAACAAGGACCUUCCAGAUUAUGCAAGCUAAAGUCACUGGUGGAAGAGGGAUACAUUGUGGCUGACCACUUUGUCAAACACGCAGAUAGUGAAAGGUGGGUUACUGUUGAGAAUGCAGUUUCUCCUAUGGCAACUGUAAAUUUUCCAUCAGUUGUUUCAGAUGUAGUUACACAGAUGGUGAGCCCUCCCGAGGCUUCUGGUAAUGUCUUAGAAGAUAAGUGUGAUCUAGCUCAACUUAAUGACCAGGUAGCUGUGGAUACUUUUCCUCCUUCAUCAGAGAUUGUACCAUGUCAUGGGGAUAAUUUGACUGCAGCUGAACCUUCUCUCGAACAUCAUAUUGAUGAGAGAGUAGGGGCACUAUUAGAGGGCUUUUCUGUAACUCCUGGCAGGGAACUGGAGAUUAUUGGUGAAGUGCUGCAAGUGACCUUGGAGCAUGUGGAGUGGGAGAAAUGGGGAAGUGUUGAAGGGGAACACUGGAAUCAAAGUUCAGAUGAGUUCUUACCUAGUUCAGAGGUGCAGAAAGAAUCCACAGAACCAAGGACCAGUGAUAAGGAAAGUGAUUUCUUCUGCAGUGACCCAGCUGAAUUGUUUUCUGGUCUGUGGUCAUGCAAGGGUGGUGAUUGGAAAAGAAUUGAUGAUGCGACACAAGAUAGGCUGUGGAAAAAGAAACUUGUUCUUAAUGAUGGUUAUCCUCUAUGCCUCAUGUCAAAAUCUGGGAUUGAAGACCCAAGAUGGCUGCAGAAAGAUGAAUUGUAUAACCCGUCACACAGCAGAAAGCUUGAUCUUCCAUCAUGGGCUUUUACUCCUGAUGAGUGGAAUGAUAGUAACGUUGUUGGAAGACCCAAUCAAUCUAAACCUCCAGUGUUAAGGGGUACUAAAGGGAUGAUGCUUCCAGUGAUCAGGAUAAAUGCAUGUGUAGUUAAGGAGCAUGGGUCAUUUGUAUCUGAGCCUCCUCACACUAAAGUUAGAGGAAAAGAUAGGCAUCCUCAGAGGUCAUCACGACCAUAUGUGGUGACUGGUGAUACUAAGAGGUCGUCAGAAGAGGCCGUCUAUCGCUCGAAAAGUAGGCAGGACCAAGAAUCACAUGGUUCCAGUAAGAGCAUCAUGCCCUUAAUUAUUCCAAAGGAUCGUCUUUGCUCAGCGGAUGAGUUACAAUUACAUUUAGGUGAGUGGUACUACCUUGACGGGGCUGGGCAUGAAAGAGGGCCUUUCUCGUUUAUUGAGUUGCAGGUAUUGGUUGAUCAAGGUGUUAUACCAGAAAAUAGCAGUGCUUUCAGAAGGGUGGAUAGGAUCUGGGUCCCAGUUGCUUCAAGUUCAAAGACAUCUGAUCUGUCAAAGAUGUGCCAAACACCCAAUGAGACUCUUGGAGCUUCUGAGUCAGAGUUGGAGAGUUCUCUACAAAGUGCACCUAGUGGUGCUCCUUGCACAUUUCAUGGCAUGCAUCCUCAGUUUAUCGGGCAUACCCAAGGAAAGCUUCAUGAGUUGGUCAUGAAGUCAUACAAGAGCAGGGAACUUGCUGCUGCUAUUAAUGAGGUCCUGGAUCCCUGGAUAAAUGCAAGACAACCAAAGAAAGAGAACAAUCCAGAUUUUCGUGCCAGCAAAAAGGCGAGGUGCCAUGGAAGUGAAGAAGAAUAUGAAAUGGAAGAGGACAUAUCGGUAUUCCAGAAUGAUGAAUGCCAGUUUGAUGAUCUAUGUGGUGAUGAAACUUUCAAUAGAGAAACCAUUACUACAUCUGGAAUAAAAAAUGGAAGCUGGGAUCUACUGGAUGAUCGUGUGCUUGGACGGGUCUUUCAUUUCCUUAAAGCUGAUGUUAAAUCUCUUGUUUAUGCUUCUUUAACUUGUAAGCAUUGGAGAUCCAUAGUAAAGAUUUAUAAGGGUAUCUCCCCUCAGGUUGACCUGUUAUCUGUUGCUUCCAGUUGCACUGAUUCCAUGAUGCAGACGAUAAUGAAUGGUUACAACAAAGAAAAGAUAACUUCCUUGGUUUUACGUGAUUGUACCAGCAUAACUCCCAGAAUGCUUGAGGAUGUUCUGUUUUCAUUCUCUUGUUUAUCCUAUAUAGAUAUUAGAGGUUGCAGCCAACUUGAAGAUGUUGCUGUUAAAUUUCCAAAUAUUAUUUGGAUUAGGAGCAGGAGCUCGAAUUUGAAAGUUAAGAGUCUCAAAAACAUUUCUGAUAGAACCUCAUCAUCUUAUAGAACUUAUAAUAGUCAGGAAAAUCAGAUGGAUGAUUCAAUUGGACUGAGAGACUACUUGGAAAGUUCGGACAAGAGAGAGUUUGCCAACCAGUUUUUCCGCCGGAGCUUGUAUAAACGUUCAAAGGCUUUCGAUGCUAGAAAGUCCUCAUCCAUGCUAUCUAGGGAUGCCCAAUUGAGGCAUUUGGCAAUGAGGAAAUCAAGAAAUUGUUUCAAGAGGAUGAAGGAAUUUCUUGCCUCAAGUCUAAGGGAGAUAAUGAAGGAAAAUACCUUCGAAUUUUUUGUUCCAAAGGUCGGAGAGAUUGAGGAGAAAAUCAGAAGUGGAUAUUAUGCUAGUCGUGGCUUGAAAUCUGCCAAAGAGGAUAUAAGUCGAAUGUGCCGGGAUGCGCUAAAAUCAAAAAACCGUGGUGAUGCCAAAGACAUGAAUCGCAUUAUUGCACUAUUUAUCCGUCUCGCUACUAGGUUGGAAGAUGAUCCCAAGUCAUUCCGUAGUACAAGAGAUGAGAUGAUGAAGACUUCGAAAGAUGAGUCUCCUCCAGGUUUCUCUUCUAGUACAACAAAAUACAAAAAGAAUCCUGCUAGAAUGUCUGAAAAGAAAUACUUCAACAGAAGCAAUGGAUCUUCCUAUGUUAAUGGUGUAUCCGACUAUGGAGAGUUUGCAAGUGAUAGAGAGAUCAAAAGACGCUUAUCCAAGUUGAGGUUGAAAUCCUUAGAUUCAGGGAGUGAAACAUCUGAUGAUCUUAGCAGAUCUUCUGGUGAUACUUCGAGUGACAACGAGAGUACUGCUUCAGAGACAGAAAGUGACUUGGAUUUAAGAUCAGAAUGUGGAGCUGCAGAAUCAAAAGAUUAUUUUACUCCAGAUGAUGGGUUUGAUUCUUUUGCUGACGAACGUGAAUGGGGUGCUCGCAUGACGAAGGCUAGCCUGGUCCCUCCGGUUACAAGGAAAUAUGAAGUCAUCGAUCAUUAUGUUAUUGUAGCUGAUGAGAAAGAAGUGAAAAGAAAGAUGCUGGUUUCUUUGCCAGAGGAUUAUGCUGGGAAGCUUAGUGUGCAGAAGAAUGGAACUGAGGAGUCUGAUAUGGAAAUUCCAGAAGUGAAGGAUUAUAAACCAAGGAAAACACUUGGAGAAGAGGUGAUAGAGCAGGAAGUCUAUGGUAUUGAUCCAUACACUCAUAAUCUUCUCCUCGAUUCCAUGCCAGAUGAAUCGGAUUGGUCUCUACUGGACAAGCAUUUGUUUAUUGAAGACGUGCUCCUUUGUACUCUAAACAAGCAAGUUCGGCGCUUCACGGGCAGUCACACACCAAUGAUAUAUUCUCUGAAGCCUGUUUUCGAAGAGAUUCUGGAAACUGCAGACAAAGAUCAGGACAAGAGAACUGUACGUUUAUGCCAGUUCAUGCUGAAUGCCAUUGAUACUCGUCCAGAGGACAAUUAUGUUGCCUAUAGAAAGGGUCUUGGGGUUGUGUGCAACAAAGAAGGUGGCUUCAGCGAGGAAGAUUUUGUCGUCGAAUUCUUGGGGGAGGUUUAUCCUGCUUGGAAAUGGUUUGAGAAGCAAGAUGGAAUUCGCUCCUUGCAAAGGAAUAACAAUGAUCCUGCACCGGAGUUUUACAAUAUUUAUCUUGAGAGGCCAAAGGGUGAUGCUGAUGGAUAUGAUCUAGUUGUUGUUGAUGCAAUGCACAAAGCUAACUAUGCUAGUCGAAUUUGUCACUCGUGCAGACCUAAUUGUGAAGCAAAAGUAACAGCUGUUGAUGGUCAGUAUCAGAUUGGAAUUUAUAGUACACGACCAAUUGCUUAUGGUGAAGAGGUCACUUUUGAUUACAAUUCUGUUACAGAGAGUAAAGAAGAGUAUGAAGCGUCUGUCUGUUUAUGCGGCAGCCAGGUUUGCCGUGGAAGUUACUUGAAUCUUACAGGUGAAGGGGCUUUCCUGAAGGUGCUCCAGGAGUACCAUGGGUUACUUAACCGGCACCAGCUGAUGCUAGAGGCGUGCGAACUGAAUUCAGUUUCUGAAGAAGAUUAUAUUGAUCUUGGUAAAGCUGGACUUGGAAGUUGUUUACUUGCUGGUCUGCCACAUUGGUUGAUUGCUUAUUCAGCUCGUUUGGUGAGAUUUAUCAAUUUUGAGAGGACGAAGCUUCCCGAUGAGAUACUCAAACAUAAUUUGGAAGAGAAGAAGAAAUACUUUUCAGAUGUUUGUCUGGAAGUUGAGAAAAACGAAUCUGAGAUUCAGGCUGAGGGUGUUUACAACCAAAGGCUUCAGAACUUGGCUCUGACUCUUGACAAGGUGCGUUAUGUAAUGAGAUGUGUUUUUGGUGACCCCGAAAAGGCUCCCCCUCCUCUUGAGAGGCUUAAUCCCGAAGAAGCUGUUUCUUUUAUCUGGAGAGGAGAGGGGUCUCUUGUUGAGGAGCUGCUUCAAUGUAUGGCUCCUCAUUUGGAAGAUAGUAUGCUAAAUGAUCUCAAGGCCAAGAUUCGAGCUCAUGAUCCAUCCAGGUCAGAUGAUCUCGAGGCGGGCCUUCGAAAAUCCUUAAUAUGGUUGAGAGAUGAGGUCCGAGAUCUUCCAUGCUCAUACAAAUCUCGACAUGAUGCUGCUGCUGACUUGAUUCAUUUAUAUGCUUAUACAAAGUGUUUUUUUAGGAUACGAGAAUACAAGACUGUAACUUCACCUCCUGUAUAUAUAAGUCCUUUAGACCUGGGACCCAAAUAUACUGAUAAGCUGGGACCUGGUACUCACGAGUAUCGCAAGACAUAUGGUGAAAAUUAUUGCUUAGGACAGCUGUUUUAUUGGUAUAACCAAGCUAAUGCAGAUCCGGAGAAUUGUCUUUUCAAGGCGAGCAGGGGUUGCUUGUCUUUACCUGAAGCUGGCUCUUUUUAUGCUAAAGUCCAGAAGCCAUCCCGCCAACGUGUUUACGGCCCAAGGACUGUGAAGUUCAUGCUCUCUAGAAUGGAGAAGCAGCCGCAGAGAGCAUGGCCAAAGGAUCGGAUAUGGUCAUUUAAGAAUAGUCCCAAUGUAUUUGGCAGUCCUAUGCUGGAUGGUAUUCUAAACAAGUCUCCUCUAGAAAGGGAGAUGGUACAUUGGCUUAAGCAUAGACCUGCAAUCUUUCAGGCCAAGUGGGAUAGAUGAAAUUUUGUGGAGCAGCAUUAGUAGGACAACACUUGCUGUUAGGAUACUGAUUGCUUAGAGAAACGGUGUUCGAUGUUAGAAUCGAAUCCCUCUCCCUAUUGGAAAGGGGAGAAUAGGUGAUUGCUUCUAGUCUUUGAUUUCUUUAUGCUGCCUGCUUCAUCACUUGAUUCUUGUGUACAGUUUCUAUAUCCUUUUUCAUUCUUGAUCAGUUUUGUAAUAUGUAAUUCAUUGUCAUGGGAAAAGAAAAAUUAGUGAAUGAGUUCCUAAUCUUUAUUUUAGAUGUAAAUGGAUUAAGUAGAUAUAGUAUUUUCAGUC